AUGAGAUUAGUGAGAAUAACAUCAAUUCUUGCAAUAUGCACAACGAUAACAAAUGCAAUACCCACGUUAGACAAACGUCAAGAGUCGGAAGGAGGGGGAGCAUACCCAACCUUCAAUGAUAACCUUUUUGAACCUUUCGUAGCAUAUGAACCUACACCUGAACCCAUAACGAGAUAUUAUAAUUUAACAUUAUCUCGCAAAGAAUUAAGACCGGAUGGCUUCACGAGAAUGGUUUGGACGUCAAACAAUCAAUACCCUGGUCCAAUGAUACGUGCCAAUAAAGGGGAUAGGAUGAUAAUUAAUGUUCAGAAUGACUUGGAUGAUGGAACCACGAUUCAUUGGCAUGGACUUUUUCAGCAUGGGACUACCUAUUACGAUGGUGUCGCAGGACAGACUCAAUGUGUUAUUCCAGAUAAUCAUGUAUUUGUUUAUAACUUCACUGCGGGUAAUCAAACAGGAACUUAUUGGUGGCACUCCCAUUUUCUUGCUCAAUAUGUGGAUGGGCUAAGAGGUCCGCUAAUUAUUCACGACCCAAAUGAUCCUUUCCUAAAAGAUUACGAUGAAGAAUUUGUAAUGACUUUGUCUGAUUGGUACCACACACCAUCGGUGGGUCUAAUCGCGAAAAUGGAUACACCCGGCUAUACGGGAGGAAAACCCAUCCCUGAUUCGGGGCUUAUCACCGGUAUUGGAAGAUUCGAUUGCAAUAAUGCGCCUCCAGGAUCAAAAUGUGAGCCAAACAAUCCGCUUGCCGUUUAUCAAGUCCAACAAGGAAAGCGAUAUCGUCUCCGUAUCAUAAACACAAGCGCGGAGAUAACUUUCACCUUUUCGAUCGACGAACAUCCUUUAAAUGUCAUCGAGUGUGAAGGUGAAAACCUCAAACCAGUCAUUUUUAAUAAAAUCAAUAUCGCUGUCGGACAAAGAUACUCGGUGAUUAUUACAGCGGAUAAAGAAAUUAAAAAUUACUGGAUUCGUGCCGAAGAAUGUUUAGAGUCUAGUCUAAACGUUACAGGUAUAUUAAGAUACCAAGGUGCACCCGAUGCGGAUCCAACUACGCUAGAUUGGAAUGAAGAUACAGAUAAAUGUCGAGAUAUCGAUCAUAACCUAUUAAAAUUAUAUGAACCUAGACCUGUUCCGGAACCU